CACGCGCCACUGCUGGUGAAAGUGACGCCUAGCCGAUCUCGACCCGUCUUCUCCUCGACUUGAAUUAUCUCCCUCGCUUCCAUUUCCUUACCGCUCUGUUUCUGUGGUUCGGUUCUCGCUCAGAACCGCCUGCCAUGGCGGCUUAUUUCCAGUCCUUUUGGACUUCGAGCGUGCCUAAGCGCCUACUACGAUAUGUCUUGUUCAAACUAGACUAUUUCGAGACCGGUGCACUAGAUCUGGACAAAAUCGAUGUUGCUUGGGGACAGGCUAGUCAGAUAACAUGGCAGGAUGUUGGCCUCAAGAUCGAUAAAUUGGAGAAGCUGCUGCAGCUACCCCCGUCGAUCGAGAUACAAAAAGCCAAAGUCCUAGCUUUGCGUGUGACUAUCCCCGCCGCCAUUUAUUCGACUCCUAUACACGUUGAAGCCGAUGGUGUUGAGAUAAAGCUCAGGAUCGUACCGACAGAGGAGCAGAACGCGGCACGAAAAAGGACAUCUAAACAGAAGGAUAAUAACAAUUCUAUACAAUCUGCCCGAGAUGAAUCCGUUCCACAUGCCAUCGAUUUGGCCCAGUCGUUUUUGGAAACCCAGCCUCGCAAAGAGAAGGAAGAGCUUCAAGCGGCACUGAAUGCUGAAACUCAAGAUUUAGCUGCGUCGGUGGCUAGUAGCGAUGACGGCAGCGAGGACGACGAUGGUUUUGGAACAGGACAACCUCUGUCACUACCCGCUUUCCUUGCUGAUUUCAUUCAAGGCAUAGUUGAUCGGCUUGAGUUUGCCAUAAAACAUGUAACUUGUCACCUCGAUGUCGAAGUUCCCCUCGAAGCUAAUUCAUCGACAAACGAAAGAGUCACUUUCCAGCUAGCCAUUGACGGGAUUAACGCCGAGGGUGUCACAUCAGCCUCCGAGGCUAGAGAGCAGGAUUCUAUACCUACCCAUAAAGAAGGAAAGCGAUUCGUGGAACUGAACAACAUCAGAGCUUCUCUCAUAUCCGAAGCUGAUGUGUUUUCAGCACUUUCCAGAACCUCUUCGAUGCCGCCUUCUGUCGGAGCAACCUCACCUAUCGCAACGACUCAUCGACCCUUAUCUCGAGAGCCUACCACAAUCCCCACGACCACGCCACUCAAUGACUAUUUGGCAGAUUCUACAGACCUCGAUGAUGUCGAUCAUCACCCCCUCAUGGAUAGCGAAGAUGCCUUUAAUAUCCCUUACGACCUUGAGACCACGGGCGAUAAUCCGAUUGACGAUGAUGAAACCCGCUCUACCCCAUCAACACCACGAGCCUCCACAUCUAGGAAUCCCAUAGAUAGCCCGCCGAGAACAACACCAUCCGUCCGUCCGGCACAAUCAACAAUGGCGACUCGAAGAGCUCCAUGGACCGACUUACCAGAGCCAGCGGCGCGAUCUGAGCAUCUGCUUGAGCAAUUAGGCCGUUGGGGAGCAGCCUCCAAUAAUGACAUUCGGGAUGAGGUAGGGUCAACCUUAUCAUCUAGCCAGAGUAGCGAACUAUCGCCAUCUGCAAGCCAAAAUCUGGCGCAGUCUCAUCUUUUUAGCCACGAGGAAGCAGAGAGCAUGUAUAUGAGUGCAUUUUCACAUGCAACAUCGUCUCAUGUACGCCAAUCUAUGCCUGGCGCAUGGGACGGGGACGUUUCUGGCCCAGAUAGUUCUCCGAGGAGCAGCAAACGUCAGUUAGAAUCACCACCUAUCGCAAACGAUGCCUCCCCUGAUCACCACACUGCCCUCAGUGAAACAGGACAUGAUAUUCGAAGAUCAGGCGCACCAGUGGACAAUCUUCAUGAAGCUGUGCAUGUAUCGGAUGACUCAUUUCAUGAUACCCCUGACAGCGCUGAGGCCCAUAUUGCCCCAUCACCAACACGCCAAGGCACUCCGCUAGAAGAACCGAUCGCAGAGGAGAGCUCCACGCCAAAGGGACCAACCCGACUAGUCAAGGAAUUAAUAUCUUCGAGAGCAUUAUAUCUUUGGUUUCCUUACAAAUUCGCCUCUCCUUCGGAAACAUCGUUGGAUCCAAGUCAAAGUCGAGUCAAAUCGCCAGGGCCGCUAGAUUAUUCUGUCAUGGGUAACGUCCCGGGUGCGUUUUCGGUUCACAGAUCUGUAGCCCAGUCUAUUGCUUCUGUACGAGAACCCUCUCCGCCAGCGCCGGGGUCACACAGUCAACAUAGUCCACCCGACGAUUCAAUAGAAGCUACCUUGUCCCCACUAGAAGUCAAAUUUGAUCUUCCUACAUCGUUCUUACUUGCUACUGUUGUAACACGCAUUUUAGGGGCACUGAGGGAACCAACGGGCCAGGCGAAAGCAAAAACCGAACCCCCAUCACCCUCAGCUCCCCUGCCUGCUAUCAAGAUUAUUUUCGAAAAAAUCUCCGUCCACUUCUUGGAGAUAUUAUCCGGCAUAGCGGAUACUCCUGAGCGGUUUCUUGGCGCGCGCUCAACUCCUUUCGACGUUGACGCUCUUCUCAGUAUGGGCCUUGAGAAUCUUCUAGUCAACGUGACACAGUCUUCACAAUCAACCACUACUUCACUCAACGUCGGAAAAUUCCACUUCGGAUAUGCCAACGACGACAUUGUCUCAUUCGAUCAACGUAUACAGAUGCGUUCCUCCGUUAGGGAUGCUUUCCCGUCUGCGGGCUCGGAUAUUUCAUUAACAGUUGUCCAAUCGUCUGACUCGACAAGAUGUGAAGUGAAGACACUACCUCUACACGUGAAGUUGGAUCUGCCAAGGUUAGAUGAAACCUUUACCUGGUUUGGGGGUUUGAGUGGUUUCCUCAACCUCAACUCUUCCAUAAGUGUGACUAAUCUCCCUGCAACGCAAACCUCGCCAAAGGUAUCGCAGAAGCCUCGAGGCGUUAGAUUUGACGCACCCAUACGCCCAGAUGAUAUCUCAGCUAACUCGGAGAACAAAAUCAAUAUGAGGAUGGGAGGAAUUCGUUUAGACCUUCUUGGGAAGGACUGCAGCGUCUCACUAGACACUAGCGCCGUUAAGCUAGUUAGUCGAGAAGAAGGCCUUGGAGUUGGCAUCUCUAAAAUUCAGCUUGUGGGCCCUUAUAUCAGACAGUCAUUAGGAGAUCCGCCAGUGCAUGCUAUGAUCACAAACACCCGGGUUGAGUUCCUGAAUACGCCAAAGGACAAUGACCUGGAACGCCUCCUGGAACUCAUUAUCCCGUCCAAACACAAGUUUGAUCAAAGUGAUGAUGAAAUUAUGGUCGACACUCUUCUUCGCCAACGGAAAAAGGGUUCCGUUUUGCGUAUCCAUAUCGAUGACAUUGACAUCAACGUCGAGAAGGUUCAACAACUCGAAGUCUUGACUACUCUGGGUGAAGAUUUUGCGCGCUUGUCCACUGUAGCUAAGUAUUUGCCUGAAGAUGACCGGCCUGGGCUCCUCACGUUGGCACUUAUUCGUAACAUAAAUGCUGCAAUCAACCCUAGUGAGAAGAUAGGUGUUCUACAAUCCUCCUUCAAAGACCUCGAGCUCGGGCAUAUUACAAUGCCGUCGCUACUGGCUGUGGGGUUGGGUCGAAUCUCUCUACUACGCAAUCACAACGAGCAGUUAGUGUCCUCUGUCCCACCAUCUGGUAAAGGAGAUCAAGGCCCAGUCGUCACUAUGAGGAUAAUCGGCGACGAAAUGGAACCGAUCAUCAGAUUGAGAAUGCAGUAUCUAGAUGUUGAAUAUCGUGUCUCAACCUUGAUGGACCUGCUAGACCUUGGAGAAGAUGCUACACCGCAAGAGUUCGAAACGUCUCUUGCUGCGUCAGUCGCUAACUUGGGAGAUCAUGCUCACACAGCAAUCACUGGAAAAGCCACGACCAGUUCUGUACCCGCCGAGCAGAGCAAGGGAAAACCCACCAAGGUUGACAUCAUUCUUCACGAUUGUCUACUUGGUCUAAAUCCACUCGGACUUCCUUCAAAGAUGAUCAUUGUACUAACGAGUACUCAUUUCGAGGUUUCUCUUUCCAAGGGAGACGAUGCAAAUGUGCUGGGGCAUUUCAACAAAGCAUCUGUGCUAUUGAUCGAUGACAUUUCCGUAACGGACACGAAGAGUCCAACUACAGCAUCGAGACGACGAACCUCGAAUGCAGCGACCCCACAAGUAGUCGAGCUCUGUCAGCAAGGUUUUGUCGAUGUCUGCUAUAUCUCCUCGGCAAAGGUUGUCGUUCAAGUUGGCUCAAAUCCGGAAGAUAAAACGAAAUGGGUAGAUGUUGAGGUGCGGGAUGACCUGCUCGUACUGGAAACUUGUGCAGACUCAACCCAAACCCUCAUUGCUCUUGCUAAUGCACUCUCUCCACCAACGCCUCCGAAGAAAGAGAUAAAGUAUAGGACCAAUGUCGUUCCUAUGCAGGAUAUGUUAGCCUCCAUUUCGGCAGAUGCCUUCGGUCAAGCGGAAGGAGCCUAUAACUUUGAUGACGACUUUCUUGCUCACGAGCUUGGUGAUGAGGGUGAAGGCUCAUUUGAACUCGAUGGUUCAGAUCUUUCUGGGUCUCUUACUGUUGACUCGCAGUUCUACGAUGACAAAGCUGCUCUUGCGGACUCUGUCUUAUCGGAAAAGACUACAGCACAAGACACCACAGAUGGAGUGUUAUUAACCAAUUUUAGCAGUCAGCCGGAAGACUUGGAUGAAGAUGACGAUCUUGUCAUUCAUGAGAAUUACUUCAGUUCUGGGUCAGUCAUAGGAGGAACAGCACAUCGGUGGAACUCGACCAAGAACGCCUAUGACCAAUCCAACGACACAAUGGUUCAUAAAAGCCCAUUAUCCGUCCGUAUUCGUGAUGUUCACUUUAUCUGGAACCUUUUUGACGGCUACGACUGGGACCACACCCGUGAUGUCAUCUCGAAGGCCGUUCAUAACAUCGAAGCGACAGCCGUCGAAAGACAAUCUAAACAAGAUCGCGCCCGCGCUGGGACUGAUAUGGAAAUCGUGGAAGAGGAAACAGUAAUUGGCGAUUUUCUCUUCAACUCGAUUUAUAUCGGUAUUCCGGCCAAUCGAGAUCCCCGAGAGCUUGCACAAGCCAUCAAUCAAGAGUUGAAUGAUAAUGCCACUGAGACUGAAUCAAUUGCAACUACAGCAUUCACCGCGACACCAAGCCGCCAAGGUAGUCGACAGGGUGGUACAUAUAGGCCCAAGAAGAGGCUAAGGCUUAAUCGAAGCAAGCGGCACAAGAUUACGUUUGAGCUAAAAGGUAUCAAUGUCGAUUUGAUUGCCUUCCCGCCGGGCUCCGGUGAAACGCAAAGCUCGAUCGAUGUCCGCGUUAAAGAUCUGGUGAUAUUUGACCACGUCCCAACCUCGACAUGGAAAAAAUUCGCUACUUAUGAUCAGGAUGCGGGAGAGCGAGAGAUGGACGCCAGCAUGGUUCACCUUGAGAUCCUCAACGUGAAGCCUCUACCUGAGCUCGCUGCAGCCGAGAUUGUCCUCAAAGCUACGGUUCUUCCGUUACGAUUGCAUGUCGACCAAGACGCUCUCGAUUUCAUCACGCGAUUCUUCGAAUUCAAGGACGACUCGAAACCCAUUCAUGCUUCACCUAGUGAUGUACCUUUCAUACAAAGGGCCGAAGUCAAUGCUAUACCUGUGACCCUUGAUUUCAAGCCAAAAAGGGUUGACUAUGCCGGUCUUCGGUCAGGCCAUACUACGGAAUUCAUGAAUUUCGUGGUCCUUGACCAGUCUCGUAUGGUAUUACGCCGUACCAUUGUAUACGGAGCUUCUGGGUUUGAUAGAUUGGGGCAGACGCUUAAUGAUACAUGGAUGCCUGAUGUUAAGCGAAACCAGCUCCCCGGUGUCCUAGCCGGCCUCGCUCCAGUUCGCUCGCUUGUUAACGUUGGGAGCGGUUUCAAAGAUUUGGUCGAAAUUCCCAUCAGGGAAUACAAGAAAGAUGGGCGAAUUGUGCGCAGCAUUAGCAAAGGUGCUGCCGCAUUCGCCAAAACCACCGGCACUGAACUUGUCAAAUUGGGCGCGAAGCUAGCCGUUGGCACGCAGUAUGCGCUCCAAGGCGCAGAAGGAAUGCUGACGAAACAACCCGGUGGUCAAGAACCUGCCGACUGGGAUGACGAAGAUGCAGACUCGGAAGAGACGAAACAAAUCAGCCUAUACGCGGACCAGCCCACAGGUGUUGUUCAAGGUCUCAGGGGUGCGUAUUCAAGCUUAGCCCGUGAUCUCAACCUAGCAAGGGAUGCCAUUAUUGCCGUGCCUGGCGAGGUGAUGGAGAGCGGAAAUGCACAGGGAGCAGCUAAAGCGGUAUUGAAGCGCGCACCAACCAUCAUAUUCCGGCCACUCAUCGGCUCAAGCAAAGCUAUCGGACAAACUCUGAUGGGUGCUACCAACUCUCUAGACCCGCAGAACAGAAGGCGGGUAGACGAGAAAUACAAGAGGCAUUGAUUCGUGCUCCAUCUACAUGCGCAUGUCUUGGAUUCAUGAGGUCUGAUUAUGUUAUUUUGCUGGUUUCUAUGCGAGGAG